AAGGCAAUUCAGGUUCUAAGAAUUCAUCUGCUUGAGCUAGAAAAAGUCAAUGAGCUCUGUAAGGAUUUCUGUAGUCGCUAUAUUGCAUGUCUGAAAACAAAAAUGAACAGUGAAACUCUGCUAAGCGGAGAAUCUGGAAGCCCUUAUUCACCUAUACAACCCCAGUCCAGCAACUUUAAACAUGAUAAAGAUAGCUUGGAUUUGCUGGAGCAGCUGUCUUCAUGGAAAGAGUCACCUGAAAAUCCAAUUCAAAGUGCCAUCACAGGUACAUUAAGUCCCCAGGGCAUUGUGGUACCUGCAUCAGCAUUGCAGCAGGGAAAUGUAACUAUGGCAACUGUUGCAGGUGGGGCGGUAUAUCAGCCAGUGACGGUGGUCACACCUCAAGGUCAAGUAGUGACACAGGCAUUGUCCCCUGGAACCAUCAGGAUCCAGAAUUCACAGGUUUGUUCUGUGCUCCAUAUAGUAAUCUGUGAAUGUAAAGAAGUAUGGAAUGGGGCUUCCCCACCAACUUUUUCCCAGGAUAGUUCCCUGCUCCAGUGUUACUCCUUGAAGACACUCCAAAAAUGAUGAUGUGUAUGUGAGAAGCUGCUGGGGAAGGGAGAAGGAAGCACACAGAAAAAUCGUACAAGAUGUCACCAUCCAGUCUUGCCCAGUUUCUUUUCACCUGCCUUCAUUCCAGACAUUUGUCUAACCCUCAA